GUCUUUUUCUUUCUUUCGCAAAAGAAAAAUGUCUUCACAACAAGAUGGAAAUGCUGACACUGAUAUUUUACCUUUGAAGUGGAAACCUGGAACAGAUCAUGUGAGCAAACUCCUGCUCAAUGACCCAAACGUUAUGAAUCUGAUUGUUCGCUCUUUAGUUGGUGAAAUUGCUCCAGAAAAUAGCUACACUGUAGCGCCAACGGAAUGGGCCGAUAAUAGUAGAUCGGACGUGUUAUACACACCACGAGCUGAAGUAACGAAAACAAUGCCUCCCAUCUUAAUUGUCACGCAGUACCUAGUCGAUCAAGAGUUCAUGUUAAGACUCAUCCGUUAUGCAUCUUCUACGUAUGAUCGUUACAGAGUGCUUCCUCUUAUUCUCGUUAUAGUUACUAAAGGGUUUUCAAGUACUACAUUCAGAAGAGAGUUCACCGUCAGUAGUAAUGGGUUCCUGCUAGAAGCAAGCUGUUUAUUCUGGGCGAAGCAAUGUCUGCUGUUGUCUGCAGAAUCAAUCAAUGGUCAUCUUAAUCAAGCAACCCUGGAUCCUAUGGUUGCACUAGGGUACCUUUUUACUAACCACCCAUCCUGCCAAAUGCCACCUCAACACCAAGCUAAUUCAACUCUGAUGAUGUUAUACUCCGUUGCAAGAGAAAUUCUAUCGAAAGAAGAAAGUACAAAGAGUGAAAAAGCGAAUCUAAUUUACCGAUUAGAAAAAGCCAAAAGAGACUUUGAAACAAUCCUGGAUUCAGAUGACAGCCAAGGCAGCAACAAAAACAAAGUUAGACAAAGCGCAGAAGAUGGAAUCAUGCUAAUUGAAAAGAUGCAGAAAGAUCUGGAA